CUCCACACGAAACUUCACCUGCGCACUGUUCACUUGCGUCUUCUUCGCCCACACGAAUCCCCAACCCCUUUUUUCCUGAUCCCUCGGAAACUUCAGCAAAUCUCUAUCCACAUCCAUCAGUCAUGGCUUCUUGUUGAUCUGGAUCUGGAGAUGUAGCUGGGGAUUGGAGGGGUAGGAUAUUCAUGGGGAACAAGUUUGGAAGGAGGAGGCAGGUGGUGGAUGAGAGAUACACGCGACCGCAAGGGCUUUAUCAGCACAAGGAUGUUGAUCAUAAGAAGCUCAGGAAGCUGAUUCUUGAUUCCAAGCUAGCUCCUUGUUAUCCUGGUGAUGAGGAUUCCACACUUGAUCUUGAAGAAUGCCCUAUUUGUUUCUUGUAUUAUCCGAGUCUGAAUCGAUCGAGAUGCUGCAUGAAGGGCAUAUGUACAGAAUGCUUUCUUCAGAUGAAGCCGCCGCAAUCAUCUCGACCUACACAAUGCCCUUUCUGUAAAACUUCUAACUACGCGGUUGAAUAUCGUGGUAUGAAAACAAAGGAGGAGAAGGGCAUGGAGCAACUUGAAGAGCAGAAAGUUAUAGAGGCACAAAUAAGGAUGCGGCAGCAAGAGCUUCAAGAGGAAGAAGAAAGAAUGCGGAGACGGCAAGAGAUGAGUGCAUCUAGCAUUAUCCAGAGUCCUGUCGAAUUUGAAUGUCGGGAUAUAUCAUGUAGCUCGCUUUCAGCACCAUCUUUGAGGUACCCAACUCAGGCUACUGAGUUUGUUUCUUCUCAAGGUUCUUGGACCAUACCAACAAGUAGAAGGCCUUCGCACUCUAGGCAUAAUAGGGACAGUGAGUUUGAUCUGGAUCCUCUUGACAUCAUGGUCAUGGAAGCAAUCUGGCUUUCUAUUCAGGAGCAAGGUGCUCAGAGAAAUACAAGUUGUGGUACCAGUACCCUAUCUGAACAAUCAUUCUCACAAAAUUGUUACAACUCUCACGGUUUGUCUCCUUUAGAAGCACCUCCUUCCAGUGGCCUUGCUUACACGGUUGGAGCCAUGGCUGAGAGUCAGCAUAUGAGGGGGGAUAUCUCUUUUGCCACUGGUAGCAGUGCUCUAGUGCCUAACAUGAGUUUAACAGUUGAUCAGGAGCAGGCAAUGGAAAAUUACAAUGGAGAGAACUGGAUUGAGGUAUCCCCAAGCAGUGGAAGGGCGGCAAUGCCAAGACAGGAGAAUGAGUGGGCCAUGGACCAUGGAUCAGUAGUUGCAGAGGCUGGUACAAGCUAUGCUGUUUCUGAUGUCACAGUAGAUACAAUGCCAGGUGCAUUGUCACUCCCGGAAGGUGUUAAUAUGGCAGCAACUCAUCUUCUGCCAGAGAGCUUUGAGGAGCAAAUGAUGCUUGCAAUGGCUGUAUCGUUAGCUGAAGCUCGAGCAAGAACAUGCCCUCAAGGACUUACCUGGAUGUAGUUAAGUUUCUGAAUGAUUUUAGAAAGGAUUUUGCUCCAUCUCUUUCUUCUGUUUUUUGCCCUUUUUUUUAUUUUUUUUUAAUUCCUUUUUUUGGUCUAUCAUUCUAGGGCCCGUUUUUGUUCUUCAGGUUCUUUUUUUUGUCCUGUUUUCUUCUUAUACAGAUGUUGUAUUUGUUCUUUUCCUUCCCGUUGUCCGACUCCUAAAUAUACACCGAGGGGAGGAGAGGGUGUUAAGUACCUUACAUUGAUAUUAAAAAUAUAGACAGGAAAAUUGGCACAAGAUUUGUAGCAUGAGAAGUUGUACAAUAAUCUGUUGUCUUAAGUUCUUUGUACAGUUUAUAAAUUCAGGAAAUGUUCUUUUGACA